ACAAAUAUAAAACGUCCAUUUUUUUUAAAAAAGGCUGUCAAAAGUGGUCACGAACCCGUUAUGAGCAGCGCGAGAGGGAACGUCGCGCGGAGGAGGCCGCAGAAGCACCAAAACAUUGUGGCUUUUAAGAAUGACAAGUACAACACCAAUGAGAAGUUAAAGAAAAUAAAUGCCAAGGAGCAUUCUGGUGUCUGUCGUCAUUGUAAAGAAGUGUUAGAAUGGAAAAUAAAGUACAGCAAAUAUAAGCCACUUACUCUGGCUCGCAAGUGUGUUAAGUGCCUUCAGAAGACCGUAAAGGAACCUUACCACGUUAUGUGUAAACCUUGUGCUCUCAAACUCGAACUUUGUGCCAAAUGUGGAAAGAAAGAAGAGAUUGUGAUUCUUCCAACUUCGAUAACAGAAAAUGAACACGAUGAAACCAGUCCAGGGACAAAACAACAAGGACGGAGCACACAGGAGGAGAAAGAUGAUGAGUGUGAGUUUGACAGUGAUGGCAUUGAAGAGAAAGAUGAAAUCCAGUCUGAUAAACUAGUGGCACCAAAACAGCGAACAGACACAGCUUUACAGGAAGAUGUGCUGCAUGAGACUGAAGUGAGCGAAACGCAAGAACUGCCUGACUUCACGGCCUUGCAUCUGACGACUUCUGGAGACAAACCAAGUGAAUAAACUUGGUGUUGUAUUACUAUUGGUGCAAACUAAUGCAAAUGGAAAUUGAUGCAGAAUUGCCGGGACAUGUCUAAAGUUGGAGAAUGUUCUGUGAGGCAAACUGAAUUUAAUGUUCCAGAGUUGCAGUGCUUAAUGCAAGAGAACGUGAAAACAGCAAUGACUUGUAAUGCAUUUUAAAGGACUUGAACGUGUGUGUAUGUGUGUGUUCGUACGCAUGCACCCUUCAACACUCCUGACCCCUUUAACAUUCAUAUCAGUUGUCACAAUUCCCAGACCUAUUUAUGAAAAUGCAAUGCUCAUUAAAAUAAUUUUUUUAAUCCACAAAACAAAAA